AUGGUACAUUUCUUUCCGAAGGCGCUCGAGGCUAAACAAACCAUCAAGCUCGCCACCGGCGUCGAAGUCGCCACGUGUCGAAGGCGAUUGACGAAUCAGACUCCAGAGGAUGUCAAGUUCACAAUUGACGUCAGUCUCGUGGGGAGCUUCGACGUGAUUAGAGGCAAUUUGCCCGCCAUGAGAGCAAGGAAAGGUCGUGGACCUGCCUCCAUCUCUCUCUCUCUCUCGUGUCCUCUCAAGCCGGUCAGGUGGGGGAUCUGUGGUUAUGCACUUAUGCUGCAUAUUCAGCAAGCAAGUUUGGGCUUGAGGGUUUUGCACAAUCACUGCAGCAAGACAUUCAUGCCACUCUUAUCUUUCCUCCACACACUUAUACACCCGGUUUUUGAGGAAGAACAGAAGAGCAGGCCUGAGGUCAUUGCCAUAAUCAUGCAAAUUUUGUGUGGCAGAGACUUUAAACUCUCUGCUUGUCGGAGAUGCCAAGUGUACGCCUGGUGGUGGUUGUUGGAGGGUUGGAUGAAUCUUUGCCUUCGCUUCCCUCAUCCGCAGGAGUGCAAGCUGUAUCAUAUUCAGGGUCGCAGUAAUCCUCAGCCGUUUCUUCCACCGAAACCCGAUGAUGUUGCAACCAUAUGCUAUACAAGCGGAACAACUGGGACCCCCAAGGGAGUCGUAUUGACUCAUGCAAACUUGAUUGCAAAUGUGGCUGGCUCCAGUUAUAGUGUGAAAUUUUUCUCCUCAGAUGUAUACAUUUCAUAUCUUCCGCUGGCACACAUUUACGAAAGAACAAAGACGUCGUUGCUCCUGAUAAUCGGCUUGUGUAGAAGACGGCAAGAUCCAACUGCUGGAACUCGCCAAGUGUUUCGAGAAGUUGUUGUUGCGUCUGAAAAUAAGUUUGAGACAGUCCUCUCUGAUCUGUCUUUGCGGUACCAUCGAGUGUCAAAGAAAUCUCGAGAACAUCAAGGAGACGGGUCAUGUGGGAGAAGAGAAGAAUUCUGUGUCCGGCCUUUUGCAGUGAGCUCGAAUUUCCCUGGAGCUCUCACAAUCUCAGGUUUCUUCCACAUGUUGUCGUCUCCUCCAACACUUUCUUAA